GAAUAAGCGUCGACGCGAAGAGAAUCGAGAGACCGCGUGCGCAUCCGCUCCAGCUCGAGCUCGUCGUCUUCUCCACCAUCAACAAGCUCGGCGCGGCGAUCCACCCGGCGGCGAGCGGCUGCGGGGAGUAGCGGGCAGCCCGAUCGGGAGGAUGGCGGAGAACCCGCAGCUGUUCGGGAACGGGAUGCCGGUGCCCUUCUACGGCGAGGUGUUCGUCCUCGCCCGCGACGGCGUCGAGUUCCACGUCGACAAGAUCCCCUCAGCUCCUGGUGGUAACGCGAAAACGAAGGGCACGAUUUACCUGUCGAACAUAAGGAUGGUCUUUGUCGCCAGCAAGCCUGUUGGGAACUACUUUGCUUUUGACAUGCCCCUGUUAUAUGUGCAUGGUGAGAAAUUCAACCAGCCAAUAUUUCACUGCAACAACAUAUCAGGUUUCGUUGAGCCGGUUGUUCCAGAGAGCCAGAACAGGGCCCUGUACUCGACGCACACUUUCAAGAUCUUGUUCAAGGAGGGCGGUUGCGGCACCUUUGUUCCUCUCUUCCUGAACCUGGUUGCGUCUGUGCGGCGCUACAAUCAGUUCGAGGCCCAGUCUGCCGCGAAUGUGGCGCCGCGUGUGGACCCAUUGCAAGCUGUUCAGACCCCUGUUGAUGAUAUGAUGCGCCAUGCGUAUGUUGAUCCGAAUGAUCCUACUAAGAUUUUCCUUCAGCAGCCUGCACCAGAGUCGCAGCUGAGGAGGAGAAACUACCACGGACCGGCUGACAAUGCAUAGUAGUGUUCUUACUUGAUUGUAAAAGAAUCCAUUUGUUCGAGUCUAUGAGCAUAUGGAUUUUGACCUCUCGGGUGCUUAUGAUGCUAUUACGUGGGUGUGAAAUGAAAGCUUCAUGUUGCCCAAAACCUAUUGUAUAUCUUUCCUGCCAUAUUCAGUUGCAUAUCUCAAUAAUGAUGUACAUAUGACGUGUCCUUUUGGACAUGUGCAAAAAAAAAAUGGUUUGCUAAUUUGCUUGAUACUAUGGCGCAUGA